UUUUCCUAUCUCUCACCACUCCACGUCUCCUCGUUGGGGCCUUCCCUCUCUGUUCUCUCCUCUUCCGAGCCACAUACUAUCUGGCUUUCCCUGUCUCUCUUCUAGACUCUCCUUGCUGUCAGUCCUACCCUCUUUCGAUACCCAUCUCUCUCUUCUGGCACUUACCUCACGUUGAGGGUAAAGCCACCAGGAGAAGGAAGGCAGGAUAUUUCAUCUCUGUCACUUGGUAGGCCUCUCACUCAGUCCCUCCUAUAGUCCCCUACUCUCUCGCCUACUCGAGGUCUCUCCGACUCUCUUGCACUUACUCUCUCUCUCUCGAAUCGAAUAGAAUUUCCUUCGCGACUUUCCUUAUUCUCGUGAUCUCCUGGCGACGCUCGAAGCGACGAUGCAGGCGAUUAAGUGCGUUGUGGUUGGCGACGGGGCGGUCGGUAAGACAUGUUUGCUGAUAAGCUACACGACAAAUGCGUUCCCCGGGGAGUAUAUUCCCACUGUAUUCGACAACUACUCAGCAAAUGUUAUGGUGGAUGGAAAACCUAUAAAUCUUGGUCUAUGGGAUACUGCUGGACAGGAGGAUUAUGACAGGCUGAGACCACUGUCCUAUCCGCAGACUGAUGUCUUUCUUAUUUGCUUCUCUUUGGUCAAUCCUGCCAGUUUUGAGAAUGUACGUGCUAAAUGGUAUCCAGAGGUUCGUCAUCACUGCCCUGCCACUCCUAUUAUCCUGGUUGGCACUAAACUGGAUUUACGUGAGGAUAAGGAGACUAUUGAACGACUUAAGGAUAAGAAACUUGCACCCAUCACCUAUCCGCAGGGUUUGGCGAUGGCAAAAGAAAUUGGAGCUGUUAAGUACCUGGAAUGCUCAGCUCUGACGCAGAAGGGACUGAAAACUGUGUUCGACGAAGCGAUACGUGCCGUCCUCUGUCCCGUCCUUCAAGUGAAGCCAAGGCGCAAGUGUUGCCUCCUAUAAUAUUAAUUGUUUACUGCUGCCUAAUUACCCUCGAGCACCCAACCUGCGCCACACCUCCUGUGUCCCGUAUUUCCUGUCGAUUCACUAACGGCGACCCAUCCUGGACCCCCUCGUCCCAUUCUGUACCUGGGUGAUUCUGAUAACUAUCACCCAGCUCCCAGGCCAAACGGUCGGAACGUAGCUGGUACAAAAGCGCACAAGCUGAGCAAACGAUACGGUGGAAGGAUUAGACGAAAAAGAGGACAUUAUGCAGAAAUCAAAGAUUCAAGAAAAAGAGAAGAAAGUCAGUAAACCAAGAAGAUCUUAAGGAUGAUGUUAAAUAAGAGGCUACCACCGUGUCUUGGAGUAUUUCUGUGGACGAGCACGAGUGCAAAAGGUAGGAAGGUCGACGAUGAACUUUGAACUGGGUGAACGAGGCGAGCGGGGUGCGAGAGAAGCCAAAAUGAACCGAUUGUGUACAGUAUACUAGAGUAUAUUAAUAAUAUUAUAAUUAACGAGUAUAUAUGAACGACAACAAAAAUAUUACUAUAUACAUACCAUGCUUUAAGAUAGAUGACUGUCUAAGUUUUAGGUGUAUGUGAUUCCAAUAAUGUGUCGCCAUCAGCGACAUACAAUUAAUGCCGAGUCUUCUCCCCGUUACCCUUGGCUCUGGUUAUGGAUCUUACACAACGUACCGUUGCUUUCAGUCGAGUAGGAACUGUCAUUUGUACGCACAACACGCGACACGUACGUAUCCGCGAGAACUGAUUGAACCCCAUUUAAUAGCAGUGCUCGAUGAAAGAUAAAGAAAAUGAGAAGCAGAUUCCUCAACGGGACAGAUUGACAAUUUAUGUAUGUACCUGGGGGAGGACCUCGGCAUCCUCGCAUGGGAGAGAUCGAGAGAGAGUGAAUCUACUAAAAUGAAUGUGUAUGCAUGAGAGAAUAAUUGUUAACGAGAGAGUGUGAGAGCGAGAGAGAGAAACAUGUACGCCUUUGUGCCUGUUACACGUAUGUGAAUGACUGUCUGGAGAUACAUGCGAGAGAGGGAGAGAGACAGCAGAACCAUAGCAAAUAAUUGUAAAUAAUUGCUGGAGUUCAAAAUUAUUCCUAUUACUAUCACCUACACGUAUAAGCUACUAAUCGAAUCUAAAGCGAACGUUACUUGUUUUUUAUAUAUAUAUAUAAAUAUAUAUAAAACGAGACCGGACGGGGGUGUCUGACGUAAUUGCCACAGGUCGGAACCGUGCAGUAUGCAUGGCGGAAUAAGGCUUCGGUCAGAAUGAAGAAAGGAAGCAUAAAUAUUGUAACUAAAUUUGCUUUAUUAAAUGGGUGUUUACUAA